AUGGCGAGCUACAUGUGGAGGAAAUACGCAGACUAUGUGUACACAAAAUGGGAAAGAAUGAUUCUUUGGAACAUGGUCAAGCCCUACACCCGAACCAAGUAUUUUACUCCUCUCGUCACUAUCUACGUCGCUGCUUUCUACACCGGAGUCAACGCCUCCGCCGUCACUGAACAGCUCUACAAGGAAAAAUAUUGGGAAGAUCAUCCUGGCCAUCAGGUCCCUCUUAUGAAGCCAAAGUUUUAUGGAGGACCUUGGAAGGUAGAGAGAGGAGAGGUUCCAGCCUCUCUCCCAACCCCAUAG